AUGUUCACCACCAGUGUAGCAGGGUUGAGCUUAUUCUCGUCAGUCUACUGCAUGCUAAAGACUCGCGUGUGCAUUAGCACGGCAACGGGACAGUUCGACCGCCCUUUCCUUAUGAAACCUUGCUUGCUCCGGAGCGCCAUCCUGCUGAUAGCUUUUGCUGCUCCGGCUCAGGCCGGGGCAGGCAAGAGCCUGGAACACUUGCGUCAAGCGCAGGAGCUGUCUGCAGCAGGGCAGCACCAUGCUGCAGUUGCGAGCGUCCGGGAGGCUCUUCGACUCGAGCCCUCAAGUGGGGAAGCACAUCACUUUUUGGGGCAAGUCUUGGCUUCUCUCGGGGACAUGGCAGCGGCCAGGCGGAGUUUUGCAGAGGUUGCGCGUUUGAACCCCGCGUCGGCAGAUGCCUGGGCCAAUUUAGGCUACAUCCAAUCUGUAGCCGGCAGCAAAACGUCAGACAUCGAGAAGAGCUACCAGACGGCCCUACGGCUUGAGCCUGCCAAUGUGAAAUCAAUCAAACGCCUCGCAGAACUGAGACAUGCGCAGUCGGAUUACGCUGGCGCCGAGAAGCUGUUGCUAGCGGCAUUGGAAACAGCAAAAGCCCCCUCUCUCUAUGUGAGCUUGGCAUCUCUUUAUGAAGAUCUCGGGAGGGAUGGCGCCGCGCGAAAGGCUUACAUGUCAGCCCUGAAGCUCGAGGCCUCCACUGGCCUCGCCCAUCUCGGCUUAGGACGUCUACAGCACAAGCAUGGCAAGUUGCUGGCAAGCGAGAAGAGCUACCGCAAGGCCAUCGAAUUCGUACCGGAGGAGUGCGAGCGCUUUGACAUUUAUAAGUGGCUCGGGAUUUUCCUUGCAGCGCGGGGCGCCAAUGAAGAAGCUACUGAGGUCUUGACGCGCGCCGUGCAGCUGCGACGGGAGGCAGGUCGGCCCACGAGCUCCCUCAUCAUGAACUUGCCAGAUGAGACGCUGAAGCUUCCGGUUGCCUUGGCAGCGGUUCGAUCGCUGGAGUCUGAGGAAGCCUGGCUUGUGCCGUUUCUCCUGGAGUCGGUUGCGGUCUUCGGGCUGUCGCAGAACCGGCUCGGCGCUGCAUCUUCCUUUGGUUCAGUUUGGUUCCCAGGAUUUCGGCGGGUUAUGGACGCAGCCCGCUCACACUCGUCUCGCAUGGCCGGGGCGCGGCCGCUGACCUUCAUCAUGGGGAGUGGCCUCGGAGAGCAAUGUUUCUUCGCGGCUGCCUUUGGGAUGUCCUGCAUCGGCUACGAUGUGCUUUGCAACUCAACAGUGAGUCAGGCCCGUCGCAUUGUGUCCGAGCACAAUCUGGAGCAGCUCUCAAUCAGACAUGUUUGUGGCAGUGCAGUGGAGAGCGAGGGCUUGGAAGAAGCAGCGGUUGUCUUUCUCAACGAUUACUCUUUCGAGCAGUCGUUGCAUGAGCAGCUUGAGCUUCAUCUUGAUCGCAACCUUCGAUCCGGAGCGAUUGUCGCCUCAUUCUCACCGUGGACGCACGACACUGGAUUUGCAGUUGUUGCAACUGUAGAAGCUCAGACAUCUUGGGGCGAUGUACCGGUGCAGAUCCGCUUGAAGAAAGAAUGCCUAGAGGCCAAGGCCCUUCCCACAACAUCUCAAGGCUCCGCACUGUUUGCUGUAACUCGAAGAUCACCCUCUCUG